CUACUAGCUCCUUUGCCAGCCGAGUCUUCCCAUCCUUGCCCAGCUAGUGUGGUGCUCGUGUUUCCGCACCUCGUCGCGGAGAGUCGCUGCCGAGUGGGCGCUCGGUGUUCGGGUCGUCAUGGCUGGUUACGAAUACGUGAGCCCGGAGCAGCUGGCCGGCUUUGAUAAGUACAAGUACAGUGCUGUGGAUACCAAUCCACUCUCUCUGUAUAUCAUGCAUCCAUUUUGGAACACUAUAGUAAAGGUAUUUCCUACCUGGCUGGCUCCAAAUCUGAUAACCUUCUCUGGCUUUCUGCUGGUUGUAUUCAAUUUUCUACUUAUGGCAUACUUUGAUCCUGACUUUUAUGCUUCAGCACCAGGUUACAAGCAUGUCCCUGAUUGGGUUUGGAUUGUAGUGGGCAUCCUCAACUUCAUAGCCUACACUCUAGAUGGUGUGGACGGAAAGCAAGCCAGGAGAACCAAUUCCAGCACCCCUUUAGGGGAGCUUUUUGACCACGGCCUGGAUAGUUGGUCAUGUGUUUAUUUUGUUGUGACUGUAUAUUCCAUCUUUGGACGAGGACCAUCUGGUGUCAGUGUUUUUGUUCUUUAUCUCCUGCUGUGGGUCGUUUUGUUUUCUUUCAUCCUGUCCCACUGGGAAAAGUAUAACACAGGGAUUCUUUUCCUGCCGUGGGGAUAUGACAUUAGCCAGGUGACUAUAUCUUUUGUCUACAUAGUGACUGCAAUUGUGGGAGUUGAGGCCUGGUAUGAACCUUUCCUGUUUAAUUUCUUAUAUAGAGACCUAUUCACUGCAAUGAUUAUUGGUUGUGCAUUAUGUGUGACUCUUCCAAUGAGUUUAUUAAACUUUUUCAGAAGCUAUAAAAAUAACACCUUGAAACACAAUUCAAUCUAUGAAGCUAUGGUUCCCUUUUUUUCUCCAUGUUUGCUAUUCAUUUUGUCUACAGCAUGGAUCCUUCAGUCGCCUUCAGAUAUUUUAGAGUUGCAUCCUAGAGUAUUCUACUUUAUGGUUGGAACAGCCUUUGCCAACAUAACAUGUCAGCUGAUUGUUUGUCAAAUGAGCAGUACCCGGUGCCCAAGUUUGAAUUGGUUACUGGUCCCUCUUUUCUUGGUUGUCCUGGUGGUAAACUUUGGAGUAUCCUCUUAUGUUGAGAGCAUUCUCCUGUAUACUUUAACAGCUGUUUUCACUCUGGCCCACAUCCAUUAUGGAGUACAAGUGGUAAAGCAGCUGAGCAACCAUUUUCAGAUUUACCCCUUCUCAUUGAGGAAACCAAACUCGGAUUGACUAGGAAUGGAAGAAAAGAAUAUUGGCCUGUAAUCUACAGAAAAAAAGUACUGUAAAUAAGAUGCUUGUAAAUAUUUCAUCCAUCACCAUUGAACUAAACUGAUGUGCUUAACAGACCUGGGAACUGAAGUGUGUAUAGUACUUGGACAGCAGGAGUGAGACAAAUGACCUGAAUUUAUGGAAUUUUGGACCUACUAACUCCCAACUUAUUUUAUUUUUAUAAAACCAUGUUGCAUUUUGGUUUAGCAUAAUGUACUUUAGACCAGCAAAAUGUUUCUAGUGAUUUUAGCUUCAUGAGUCUAUAAUGUUUUGGUUCAUACAGAGUUAAAGAUACUUUGUUUUUAUUUUUAAAGUCCCCACAUUGGUUUAGGAAAACUGGUAACAUUAAGAAAACCACAAAAUGUUUUCAUAUUUGAUACUACUUUAGUAGUAGGUCUUUAGCAGUGGAAGUUAUCAAUAGCCCAAAUCUAAUAUAGGGAAAAGAUAAGAGCAAGUCACCUUUAGCAAGAGAUGCCAAAUGAUUGCAGAACUAUAAUGUACAGUUGCCAAAUAGUGGUUUCUCUUUCCCAUGGAAAUGCCUUUUGUCCUCAUGUGCUAAGAGAGCUAGUAUAUAUAUUUAGAUUCUCUUGUGUUCUGGCUCUCUUUGUUUGGGAGGGAUCUUGAUAAAUGGCUUAAUUUUCUUUUAAAGAAAAAUAUCCGAUUGAGACUUAGUAGAGAGUGGGUCAUAAUUGUAGCUCACCCAUUGACAUGGUUCAUCAUUUAAACAUGGCGUAUUCCCCCUCAGUUGCAAGUUGCUGAGAUUUGGUGCCUGCAAACUCUGAUUAUAUGAAUGCAUGUGACAGUCCCAGUCUUAGGAUAAUUAUUUGUAGGGAACACAGGUGAACUUCCUUAGGAGAGAAAUUUACUUUGGAGUUAGAAGUCUCAUGAGCCUCACUAUGAAUUACUGCUAUGAACCUCACUACGAAAUUAAUUUUCGGAUUCAGUUUGUCCUUUUUUUUUUUUUUAAUCCUUUCUCCCUUUUUUCCUUCCUUCCAUCCAUCCAUCCGUCCGUCUCUUUUUUGUGGAAGAGAGAGUGCUGUGUUUUUUAUUUCAUAUAGGAUAAAGAGGUAGAAAUUCUUUCUUCCCUAAGUUGCCCACUUCCCCACUUAAAAAAAAUUUCUGAUAUAUAUGCCUUACUGAGUACCUGCUCUCUUUAAUAUGACUUGGGAUAACUUUUUAGGUUUGCUGACAAACAUAAAAAUCCCUUUGACUUCAGUGUGGUGGUUUUAUAGAUCACACCUUUUCAUGAAUGUGGAUAUUUUAUUUCUUUUUGACUUUGUCUCCAUUCAGUUUGGUGGUGGUGAAAUUUACUUGCUGAUUUUCUUUUAUUUUCCACUGAAUGAAGUUUGUGCUCGAAUGAAGAGUGUAUCUUAAACCCUUUUUUUUUUGGAUGGAUUGCACUUGGAUAAAAUAGGCACCACUGUGUUGAUAUGUAAUUAAAUUCUUAACCAUUAUUUAUCUAUGAAUGUGACCAUCGUUAAAUUUAAUUACAAUGUAUUCUUUUUUGAAUUUCAGUCUGCUGCUUUGUAAAAAGAACUAUGUAAUUGAUAUUUCAGUUUUUAAAUUUGUAAAUCCUAAUCAUUGUCAUCCAGGUUACUAGAAUUGAGUCAAGGAGCUAACUCAUGGUUCUGUAUUCAUUUUUAAAAACAGUCCGUAAAGAUUGAGGUAUAUUUGGUGAUUUUUUUCUGAGACUGAAAAUGGUGAGAAAUCCAUGCUGGAAAAUGUGGGUAGUGAUUCCAUGUUUGUUAAUAAAUUCCCAUCAUGGAGGUCAGAGAAUGAGCAAAUUUAGUAUCAGUAACUCUGUUUUUUGUAGACCUUGUUCUUUGUCAUCUGUAAAAUUGAGCUGGAUCAAGUGGUAAUUUGGGCUAGGAACAAAGCUUUGUUCUAAGGUUUCUCAGCUAAUCAUUUUACCUUUUUGUUGGCCUUGUACACAAGAAUGAGAUUAAUCUGUGUUAUAUAAGAAAAGAACUGCAAAAUAUUUAUAAAAUGAC